AUGGACGACAUUCCAAGUGACGCCCCAACUCAUUGUCCAGGAACUCAAAGUGAAGCUGCUGGUAAAGCAUCUGCUUGCCAAGGAUGUCCGAAUCAAAAUAUCUGCGCCACUCAGCCCAAAGGACCGGAUCCUGCAAUUGAAGAAAUUAGAGAGAGACUGUUAUCGGUUCGUCACAAGAUCGUUGUGCUCUCUGGUAAAGGUGGUGUUGGCAAGAGCACGUUUUCUGCGCAUCUUGCUUAUGGCUUAGCUGCGGCGAACGAAGAUUGUCAAGUUGGACUUUUGGACACGGAUAUUUGUGGACCUUCUAUACCCAGAAUUAUGGGUGCUGAAGGAGAACAGGUUCAUCAAAGUGGUUCAGGUUGGUCUCCUGUCUAUGUAUCUGAUAAUCUGGCCAUUAUGUCAAUUGGUUUUCUUCUAUCCAGUUUAAGUGAUGCUGUGAUUUGGAGAGGUCCACGGAAGAAUGGAAUCAUCAAACAAUUCCUGAAGGAUGUUGACUGGGGAGAUUUGGAUUACUUAAUCAUUGACACACCACCCGGGACAUCAGAUGAACACUUAUCCAUAGUACAGUAUCUCAGUGCUGCUGAGAUAGAUGGAGCAAUCAUCAUAACUACCCCUCAAGAAGUCUCCCUUCAGGAUGUCCGCAAAGAAGUUGCAUUCUGUCGAAAGGUGGAUCUGCCAAUUAUUGGCAUUGUAGAGAAUAUGAGUGGCUUUAUAUGUCCUCACUGUACAACAGAAUCACAAAUAUUUCCUCCUACAACAGGAGGUGCUGAGAAAAUGUGUUCCGAUCUGUCUUUGCCAUUUCUUGGUAAACUGCCUCUUGAUCCGAGGAUAGGGAAAGCGUGUGAUGAAGGAAAAUCAUUCCUAGAAGAGGCUCCAGAUAGUCCUGCUGCAAAAGUAUUUCAGGCUAUUAUGGCUGUCAUACAGAAAAGAACAGAGGAAGAAAAAAUGAAAGAGGACUUUGUACAGAGAUAA